CGAGAAUAUGUGGGUGAAGGUGUUGAGUGUUUAGGUGGGAUCCAUAUUUUCGAUCAAAGUUUGUGAAAUGUUUUUAAAGUUUUUGGGUAUUAUAGUCGUACUAUAAGAGAAGCUUUAUGUUGUCUUUACUAACGUUUGGCUCAGAUGGCAUCUAACUCACCUGAGCCAUCUUCAUCAUCUGAAUCAAACCAACAUGCUUCGAAUGAAAUACUUUCAAGAGAGGUGCGAACCUUUUGUGACGUAAAUUAUGUUAAUGAAGGCAAUGGCAUUGCAUUUCAAGCGGAUAAUUUUGUGAACAGUUACAAGUCGGAGACGGGCUUAGCACCUGUCGUCAGUUAUGGCCAAUUCAGUAUUGACCCGUGCAGCUCAUCUGGCACAUAUGCACAGGUGUCUCUUCCAUCAUAUUCUUCUGUUAGUAGAGUUUCUACUAGCAAUCAAAGUUUUGAGCAAGAGUCUUCUGAGGCAGAUGCAUCGCAUGAACAACAGGUUUUCAUUACUACUAGUGGAAAAAGAGUCUCAGUUCAGUCAAUACCGGUACAGCAAAUAUUACAAGGUAAUCCUCAUGGAGACACAAUUCCAUCUAAUGGUGAAUCCCCAUCGGCUUCUGGAAAUGUAAUAGGUUUACAUGAAGAUUCUGUUGAUUCUCAUCAUUCAGCAGUGCAAGAAGCUGAAGAUUCCUUGGAACCUGUUGCAUUAGCUGUAGAUCAUCUUAAUCUUCAACAUGUGUCUGUUGUACAUCACAAUCUCUCUGGCUUAGGGUCUGUUCCCAUUAUUUUAGAUCGUAAUACCCUUGCUGCAUUGCUGUCGGCUGGCUCUCGAGAUGGUUCCUUCACUUUGGAUGUUUCAAACCUCCCUCGUACAGUGCUAUCUAGUCAAAAUAUUGCCCAAAGGGCAGUUGUUGUGCCAGAACAGGCACAGUUUAUUACCUCAGAUGCUGCCAUUCCUGGUUUGCCACAAAAUGUUUUAUCUCCCAUGUUAUCCCAAAAAGAUAUCUUAACUUCUAUGAUAGCCAGUCCUUCUACCUCCACUACUUCUGUUAGUUCUGCAGUCGGUACUACAUUUCCUAACCAUAAGCAGAUGCUAGUACAAAAGUAUGCAGCUGAAAUGCUUGAGCCAACAACGACAGCCAGUUUAAUUAAUGAGUUAGGAGAGCAGCAACUGAUUGAGAGCAUCAGUAGUAGGACAUCAUCACCUUAUGUUGUCCCAUCAAAUGCUAAUUCAUUAAUUGAUUCAAAUAAUAUUGCAGUCUAUGAAGAUCAUGCUUCAUCUUUACCUUCUACAUCAGUUAGUCAGUGUUUACCUUUGGAUGUCUAUGCUAUAGACAGAGGUGUAGCACUUGUUACUAGCUCAAGAGACAGUCCAGAGAGUGCUAUCAAUGAGACUGUUGAAUUUGAGGCUGUUGCAAGUCAUUCAUCGUCUCAGCAUUCUGUUCAAAACUUUGUGUCCUCUAGUGUUGAUCUCGUUCAUUCUCAUCAGCUGGAUCAUGGAAUGCAUUGUACAGUAGACUCAACUGUUGGACCUAAAUUACAAGGGGAUGAGAGUAUUGUGGACAGCUCAGAUAGUUACAAUGAACAUUUAGAAAAUUCUGAUAAUGUUCUUCAUACAACCACUGGAGGUGAUUAUCAUGUCCAUAUUUCCGAUGACAACACAACUAACGAAGCUGUAACAUCUGUCUUAAAUAACAAUUCUAAUCUUGAAGCUAACGAAGCACUGAGUUCCUCAAAUCAUAAUUUUUCUAGCAAUCAGUUGGAUGAAUUGCAAAGCUGUUCCACUGUGAGUAGUGCUACACAUCCUGAUUCUACCAGAAGUCCUGUGGGAAUUUCUGAGAAUUCACCAAACUACACUCUUACUCAAGGUUCUAUUUCUAAUUCUGACGUUGCUCAGUCUGAGUAUUCAAGACCAAAGCGCGAUCCUAGAAAUAAUCGUCACUGGUGUGAAGAUUGUGGUGCAUUUUUUGAGAAGGAAUGUUCACUACAUAAAAUACAACUGAUAUUUGACAAACCAGUCCUGAGUAGAGCUUGGGCAAGUUUACCAGCUCAAUAUCUCUAUGUGAAUAAGAUCUCAGUAGAUAACGAAGGUGAACCAGUUUAUGGUGUGUUUGCUAAGAAAACUAUUCCCAGGAGAACUCAGUUUGGUCCAAUUGAAGGUGUUUUAGUGAAAAGAGAAGAUCCACCUAGUGAUAAUUUCAUUUUAGUGUUAGAACAUGAAAAUAAUGUUGCGCUCUACUUGGAUACUUCUGAUGAAUCCAUGAGCAAUUGGAUGCGAUUUGUGAGACCAGCAGAGACUCAUAAAGAACAAAAUCUUGUUCUUGUUCAACAGAAUCAUUCUCUUUAUUUCAAUACAACACGUUCUAUCAAUCCUAAAACAGAACUCAGAGUUUGGUAUUCUGCAGCAUAUGCUGAGAAGUGGGGCUUACCUGUUUUAGAACCUAAUGAAGAAGAAAAAAAAGCUAUGGAAGAGCAAGAAAAUGCUUGGCCAUGUUUUGAGUGCAAUCAAAGAUUUUUAACAUCUGUUGAUCUUCAAAAGCAUUUGAACCAACAUGAUGAAGAAAACAAUACAAACGGGUCUCCUCGUAAUCGAAAUAAAACAAGAACCCGAACUAAGUUUGCCAAGAAAGCACAUGCAGCACGUUUAAGAACUAUUAUGGAAAAUGCUGUAGAUGGUGAAAAUUCUCUAAUAAGGAAAGCAAGAGGAAGGCCACCUAAGAAAUAUAAGAUACCUUCUAAACAAGAAGAAUACAAGUGUGAUAUUUGCUUGAAGAGCUUUCCACGUAAUUACAGUUUGCAAAGGCAUUUAAUUAUGCAUACAGGAGAGAAAAAGUACAAAUGUCCAAUUUGUGAUAUCAAAUUUAGUCAUGUUUAUAAUCGGAACAGGCAUGUUCGCAGGCAUAAGCAUGAUAAUGGUGAUAUGCAAAUCAUGAAACCAGUGAAAACUCUAUUUAAAAAGAAACAAGGUGCUGAAUGGGUUUGCAUCCAUUGUGGUCUGACAUUUGACAAUUCGAAUGUACUUAAUCUACAUACUUUAACUCAUGCGGCUGAAGACGUUGCAUUUAGUGAAGAGCAUCCAUUCUUGGAGAGUAGUAUUGGUACUGAAGAUGGCUUUGAGGGAAGUGACGAAAGCAAAUUAGGGGGUGAAGAAUUGCAUAAAUGUCCAGAAUGCACUCAGGAAUUUUCCACCAGAAGAGACUUAAUAGAGCAUGCAAGUGUUCAUGGGAAAAUUGGGAAGCAGCGUUGUUUCCGAGGAAUCAUUAAUCCUUUGAAACCUUUUAAAUGUAAUUUGUGUUAUAAAUCCUUUGCUUCUGAUGAGCGUCUUAUUAGACAUUAUCUAGUACAUGGAAGUGAAGAUUCAAAACCUUUACAGUGUGACAUCUGCUAUAAGCGAUUCUUAAAUAAUUCAGCUUUGGCAUGUCAUAUUAAAGUACAUAGUGAUGAGCGGAAAUUGUAUGAGUGUCCCAUCUGCAAAUCGGAAUUUGAUCAGAUUGUUGCUUUGAAAGAACAUGUUCACGUUCAUAAUGAAAAUGGAGUGUAUCGUUGUCCUAGUUGUCAUAAAGUAUUUGAAGAGUACAAUCAAGUACGAAAACAUAUUCGAGCAUUUCAUUCUGAAAGGCGUUAUCCCUGUGACAAAUGUGAAAAAAUAUUUCCACGUCCAGAUAAAUUGAAAUUACAUAUGUUGAGACAUUCAGAUCACCGUGAGUUCCUGUGUGCCAAUUGUGGUAAACAAUUUAAAAGGAAAGACAAGUUGAAAGAGCACAUGAAACGUAUGCAUGCUCCAGAUAGAGAAGCUAAAGUGAAUGCCAAGAAUUCAAAAUCAUCUGGUUCAAAGAAAUUUGUUCCCAAGGUCUCGCCAACAGAUUUUCAUCGAUUUAUUUACAAAUGUCAUACUUGCCUCCUUGGUUUCAAACGAAGAGGAAUGUUGGUUAAUCAUCUUGCAAAAAGGCAUCCAGAUAUUAGACCAGAGACUGUUCCUGAGUUGAAUCUUCCUAUUUUAAAAACUACUAGAGAUUAUUAUUGCCAGUAUUGUGAAAAAGUAUACAAGUCCAGUUCCAAACGUAAAGCCCAUAUCCUUAAAAAUCACCCUGGCUCAGAGCUACCAAUGAGUAACAGAAGAAAGGGUGGAGUACCUGAUAUUCCUGGUUUGCCAAAUCCCACAUUUUCACAGACAGUUGGUAGCAUCACUACUCAUCCCCAUCAUUGCAGCUGGUGCCACAAACAGUAUGCUAGCAAGGCUAAGUUAUUGCAGCAUCAACGCAAGAAACACGUGGACAUGCUGGCUCUCAGCUAUGUUGCCAACAAUACUAAGGUGGAACCAGUUUGUGAUCAAGGCACUCAAGUUACUGGACAAAUUGUUAUUGAGAGUGUAGGAUCAGCUGGUCAAGAACCUUCAACUGUCUUAAUUGAUGCCUCGAAGCGAAAGAUUCAUUACAUUGAUAAAGAUUCUCUAGUGGUCUCAACUCAUCACGAAGGCCUUCCCACUGCCGAUCUUUUGACCCAAGCUAUGUCCGAACUAACCCAAAACUUCCCUGAAUAUCGCUCAACAACUGGUGAAUACCUUGUGACCAGACUGUCCCAUUCAACCCCUGCUACAUUAGUCAAUCCCUCUCCAUCCACUACUCCUAUACCUGACACACCAUCUCCCAACUCUACCCCAUCUACUUCCCUGCCCUCGGUACUAGAUGCCAGUAUUGCUACCCCAUUGGAUCAAAUACAGUUGAAUCAACUUAUUGCUCAGUAUCAACAACAGCAGCAAUUAAGCCCGCAACAGUUAGCCGUUGUUGUAACAUCAGUCUCCAAGUCCUGGCCUACAGCAGUUACAACUAGUUUGAGCAACUAUCCAGCUCGAUGAACCGAUUUGAGGGCAAGUUUGAUGGAAUCUGAAAAAUAAAUUUAGUGCCAUUUGUAUGGCUGCAACCUUGAUGGGCUUGCACCAUUGCACAUUGUAGUGAGAGCACACUGCUGUUGAGGAGGAGCUAUUGUUGAAGUCAUUUUGGGAGUAGUAGAAAUAGAGGGGGACAGGGCAUGAUGCCUGUCUUGUUUGAAUGCCUACCCAGCAUUAUUUGCUGGAUGGAUCAGUUUUGGGUUCUUGUUAAAACAGAUUUUUUUUAUAGAGGAACCAACAUUUUUGUCUUGGUUCUGUACCUCUCUUAUAGGCUCUAUGUCUACUCAAACCAAAGAUUUUAAUGUCUUUAAACCCACCUUUUUGAACCUUUUAAAUGAUGUGAUAGCUAGAUAAAACUUGCAAAGUAGAGCAAUAAUUAAUAUUGCUUUCUAAACUAUACUUUGUGCCAUUUUAUCCCUUUUUCCUGUUGAUGACUGCUUGCUUUUUCUGAAAGCUUUAGUUUUUUGGAAUGUCAUGUAAGCUCUUAAAUGUCGAUUGAUGUGUUGAAUUUUUGCUUAUGGAAAUUUGACACAUUUUAUUUUCAAGUUUCAUUUUUCUUAAGUUACUUUUGUCAGUAGAAAGUAUUUGAAUGUUGAGUGUCAGAAUUUCUUCUGACCAGCCACUUGUUACUUAGGUUCACUGUUUAGCUCUUUCUCGCUGUGACAGCACAAUUUCAUUUUAUGUUGUAUAUCAUAUUCAUUGUUGAUAGCAUUUGACCUGUAUAUUUGUAUAUGGAAGGAAAAAAGUUAAGGAUUUUAUGAUGUCUUGGAAAUUAUUAUAUUAGAAGUUGUUUAAUGAUGAACUAUUCAACUUUUAAAUGUCAUUUUAAAACUUUAUGUGCACAUACAAAUUCUUUCAUCUGCUAAAUGUAUAAUGUAUAUAAUUUUUAUUUAUUUUUAAAAAUUUAUCUUGAUUUUUGUGUACAGGAAACCAGUUUAAAGUUGUUUCAAAGUUAAAUUCGUAAGUUGAACAAAUGUGGAGUUAUUCAAUGUCUUUCAGGUGAAAAAAAAAAAAAAAAUUAAGAAAAUUUACUAAUUGUAUAAUAUGUACUUAAAAAUAUAUUUUCCGAUUUUUCUUGAUAUUUAGAAAGAAAUAUAUUCAAUAUAAAAUUUCAAACUAAUAAAAAGAAUUACAGAUAUUUUCAUAUUAAUAGUAUGUGCCAUUCUUAGAUGAAAGUCUUUGGUUGGGAAUAAUUCUGUUCAUAUCAUUAAUUUAUAUUGUAUACUUGUAAAAGCUUUUAACAGAAUUGUGUUUUUGUUUCUUGAAAUGACAGCGAUUCCAGAUUUAUGUAGAAUGAUAUAGAUUUUAUUUUGUUUAAUUUUCCUAAUUUAUUUAGGAAGAAAUAGUGUUCAUGUAUUUGGCAAGUUAUUUAUUUUUUGUACAGCACUUCGUAUGUAUAAUAUUAUAGAUAAUGUUGUACUUGUUCUAAUGUCAUUCUCAAAUUUUAAGAGAUGGUUGUUGCACUUCCUUCUACUUUAGUAAAUUAGCUUGUAAAAAGCCCAAUGUUCUCUUCUUUAUAUAAUUCCAAGCACUGCCAAAAGAAUUGAUCUUAUUCCUAGUUUUCCUUGCAGAAUAUAUUUCAAUUUUUCUGCAUUAGAAUAAGGAAUUAGAAAAUGUUAUAUUUCUGUGUUCUCAUAAAAAUGGCAGCUAUCACUUUUUUGUGUUAAUUUAUUGAAAAUUAAGCUUUUAAAAUUUAUCCAUUUCCAAAGUUACUAGUUGUUUUUAACCAAUUUUGUACCUGCUGUUGUGCUAUUUUUUUUUUUUUUAAUCUGUAAUAAAAUGUCGAAUUUUUAUGUUGCAUGAAAUUGUUAACCCUGAAUUAAGUUUUUCAUUCAAAUUUUCUUGAAUUU